GUAACACGAGCUCCACACAAAAAGGUGCUGAUAGGCUGAACCUGAGAAUGGUAUAAGGUGAUCCAGGCAGAGAAAGUGAGCAUUUUACACAGAAAGAGAGAGAAAAAAGAUAAAGGGUUAUAUUAACUCUCAAAGGCUUUCCCCCAUUCAGUUUGGCCUUUUUCUUUCCCAGUCCAGUUCCAAUUUAUCAGCCCAGCCAGCGUUCUUUGAGGAAAAACAGGACGGUAGAUCAAAGACAGAGAAAUCCUGAAUUUGCAGAAGUUUGGGUGAAAAGAUCCACUAUCAAACGCAGAGUUUGACACCUGGUAAAAAAGUUUAGGUUAUUUAUUUACAUUUCGGUAAAGCAUUAAUGUCAGUGAAUUGUGUGAUGUUUACACUACAGGAUUAAGGUGCAAAAUUGAGAAAAAAUGAAGAAAAUCAGAGUACAAGAAGAUGAACAUGUUCAACAGGUGAGAAAAUAAUAAUGACAAAUACCCGAUCAAUGAAGCAGUGACGAAGGACACUUGGCUAAACCACACAAGUAAAAGUGUUUGUCAUAUACAGUAAAAGUAAUAUAAAAUAGAUCUUAUAUAACAUUCUAAUAUAACUUGCAUAAUAUUUUAAUAUUCUCUUCUUUUAGUUGCGACCCUGUUAAUUUAGUUUGAUUUAGGGUUAGGGUUAAAUUUCUGCAAACCAAUGUAAUCACACUGUAAUGUGUUUUUGUAAAUUAGAAUAAUAAUCUAUUGGUUUUACCACUGCAGUUUUUGUGUAUAUACAUAAAAAUACGCAUGCUUUCACACAUAUAGAAGCAAAUAGUAAUUAGUUUCAAAGACAACUUCCAUUAAGAUCACCUCCUCUCUUACUCUCUGUGCUCUGUGUCAUGCGCAGCACAGAAAACACGUUCAGUGACGUCCCAAAGCGGGAUAAUCUACAGGUGGCACGACUGCGCCCUCUAGUGGCACUCCUGGCAGGUCAAGCCCUGCUCUUCCUCCUUUAAUCUAAUACUAUUCUGUUUCUGUGAGUUUGAAGCCUGGCUAACAGUAAAAACUACAGGAUGAUGAUGACGUUCAAAGGAUAGGUUUCAAUGGUUUAAAAAGAACAGGCUCCUGAUUUAUAACUAGUCCAUAUCUCUAUGGAAUCACAAAUGUGCCCUAAAACAUUUCUCUCCUGUGUUUUUUGUCUGUGCUUUUAGAGGUGAGUCCUGUUCCCUGUAGCUCGUCACAGUUCCAUCCCCUAAGUUUUGUUUAUUGUUUUUAACCUGAACUUUGGCCAGUGUUGGGGACUGAGGGAGAGGGGACAAAGUUCACAGGGCGCAUGUGAGGAGGAGGGGGUGAAGAGGAGGACGAUAAAAAAAGAAAAGAAAAUUGACCUUUGAAAGCAAAAGAGCAGGUGGAGAGCUAAAACCAGGCAGCUCAGCAGACGCCGCACAGGAAAAUGAAAGUACCCGUGUAGUUCACCUGGACUGGGGCUGUAGAUAUAAUGAGGCCCGACGCCGGCUGACUGGCCAUCAUUCGAGUGUAGAAGUGCACACGAUAGCAGUGUUUGUUUGCGAGGCGGCAGCGAGGUAAGGCAUCGGAAUAAUGGAGGGAGCGGAGAGGAGCGGGGCAGGCAAAGCCAGGCCCAGCCGCCUGACCGCCCUACAGGAGCAGCUGAUCUGGGCCCUGCUGGGCUCGGGACUGUCCCGGGACAUCCUGGUCCAAGCCGUGGGGGACCUGGAGCGAGACCGGGCCAGCGCCGCCGCCGAGAAAGGAGACAGGGCGGACGGAGAGAGCUCCGAGGAGGGAGAAAUGGAGUCCCCGCCACCCAUCUUUCGGGACAUAGAGAAGCUUCCCCCGGAGGAGGCGGCGAAGAUGAGAGCCGAGGUCGACCAGCUGCUGCAGGAGGACCCCUGGCAAGUUGCAAAAAUGGUCAAAAGCUACAUGCAGCAGCACAACCUCCCUCAGCGGGAGGUGGUGGAGUCCACGGGACUCAACCAGUCCCACCUCUCCCAGCACCUCAACAAAGGCACGCCCAUGAAGAACCAGAAGAGGGCCGCUCUGUACAGCUGGUACGUGAAGAAGCAGAGUGAGAUCAGCCAACGUGAGUACGCAAGCAGCCGCGAGCCGGCUGCCGACGCCCCCGACGAGAGUUCACGUGACCAAAACCUACAGAACCGCCUCAUUUCAGAGUUCACCAACGCCAAACACGGCCUUGCAUCCGUGGAGGAGCAUGGGGAGGAGACCAAGAAGGGACGGAGGAACAGGUUCAAGUGGGGGCCGGCGUCCCUGCAAAUCCUCUUCCACGCCUAUGAAAGGCAGAAGAACCCCAGCAAGGAGGAGAGGGAGGGCCUGGUGGAGGACUGUAACCGGGCCGAGUGCAUCCAGAGGGGGGUGUCUCCUUCCCAGCUUGCCGGGCUCGGCUCCAACCUGGUCACCGAGGUCCGCGUCUACAACUGGUUCGCCAACCGCCGCAAGGAGGAGGCCUUCCGCCACAAACUGGCCCUGGACGCGCCCUUCCCCAACCAGUCUGCCGCCGCCUCCAACGCCAACCUGGCGCCGAGCCCCGAGCACGAUAUAAAAUACAGCCAGCACGUCACGUGCGACGCCAUGAGCUCGGCCCGAGGGAGCGGAGGGGAGAGGCUGAGCCGGCUCGUGGUCAGUCCCGUCCAGCUGGAGCCCAGCCACACACUCCUCGAGACCCAUAACCCCAAGCCAGUGUCCAGCGGCGGCCCGCUGCCCCCCGUCAGCACCCUGACCUCCCUGCACAGCCUGUCCGCCUCUCCCGCGUCCUCCCAGGGCCUCAUCAUGGCCUCGCUGCCCAGCGUCAUGAGCCUGGGCGAGUCCUCGCUCCUCAUCGGGGGCGGUUUCACCACUCUGCAGCCCAUCUCCUUCCAGCAGCAGCUCCACGCCGCCCCCCAGCAGCCGAUAUCGCAGCAGCUGGGCGGCCACGUGGGCGCCAGUCCUUUCAUGGCAACCAUGGCGCAGCUGCCGUGUCACAUGUACAACAAGUUGGAUUCCCCUCAGUACCAUUCAUCCGGUUUGCUGUCCCAGGCCAUGGUCAUCACAGACAGCAGCAGUCUGGGAACCCUGACCAGCCUCGCUGCCGUCAGACAGAUUCUAGCAGCAGAUCCUGAGGAAGAGACGAACUCCCAUACACCCAUACAGGAAGAUUCCCUACAUUUGCAACCACACACGCCUGUGCCAGCUUCCUCUGAAAGCCUGGAGCUGUAUCCUCCCUCUCAGACGACAGAAAGCCACCAGUCUCACUUCCUCACACCUUCGCCGACGGACAUCAGCUCGUACAUCCCUGCACAGAUGGUGUCGACUGCACAGUAGAAGAACCCGAGCAACGCUGGGUGUCCUCACCACCAGCUGAACUCAGGAGGGUUGAAAUCUGGCGUAGAUUCCCAAGACACUUGGCAUCAGAGGCCAUGGAGACAAUUCAGCCCCCAAUAUGAACAAGGAUCAACAGUUGAUUCACUUUUAAUUCAACAGAAAAUCUAUGUAAAUUAACACUAUUGUUUUAAAAAAGGUUUUUCCAGAAAGUGUAAAAUCCACUUAUUGAGUGGUGGGAACUGCAGUUUUUAGCUGACUGGCCUUAAGCUUUCAUCAUUCAUGACACAUUUGAGUAUAUUAUCGUUGAACUAUACAAUAUUUCAAGAAUAAACAAUAUCAUUAAAUAGUAUAUAUAUAUUUUUUAAUGAAAAAUGGUGUCCUCAAAUAGCUCAAAAACCAAACUUCAAGCUUGAGAGUGAAAAAAGUGGACAAACACCUAAUAAAUGUCAACGUCAGAGUCAGUCACAGGAUAUUGAAGCUUCCAGAAAUUAAGCUUCUUCCUCUGCGUUUUCUUUUCGCUUCUUCUUCUUUUUCCGUUUUGCUUUGACCUGUGUGUGCUCCUGCUCUGGGCUCCCGUGCUCCCCAUUGCUUUGACUGUUAAGAGAUGAAUCCAGCGGCGCAGCGUCUUCUCUGUUAGGUUUCCUUCUUUUCUUCUUCUUCUUUUUAACAGCGCGACUCUCCUCUCCCUCCUUUGGCGCCGUCGUCUCUGAGCAGGAGGCCUCUGCAGCGGUAGCAGUCUGAGUCGGCAGCGGCAGGAGAUCUUUGAGGGACACUGCUGCCUCUCGCAGCCGACUUUCCAUCUCACUGUCACUGUCACUAUGCGAGGAUAAAAGAAAUAGAAAUAUCAUGUUAUAACUAGAGGGGUAGAAAUUAAUCAACGUUACAUGAAGUAAAUAGACAUAUAGAAACAUAUGCAACCUUGAGCUGGGAACAGGCCGACGCCUCACAGGGGCUGGAGGAUCCUCUACAGUCGUUCCUGGGAUUGAUGUUGAAAACAGACGAAAUCCUAGGAGAAGCAAACGUUAACCCGCCUCCCAUUCAAAGCAGUGAGGCCAAAUUAUCAUAAAAAAACCACAACAAACUUUACCCUCAUCAUCAUCAUCAUCAUCAUCACAUGCUGUUGAUUCCACGCGUGAUGUGGUUUUACACUGCAGCUCUGUAAUGCAACUGACAGUAACAUAAAAUAAAUGUAGUGGAAACAUG